ACCCCUCACCUUCCUUCCAUUCGACUCCACACUCCACUCCCACCUCCCCCCUUCACAUUGCCUUUUUAGAGAGAGAAACCCGGCUCCCCCAGCGAGCUAGAGAGAGAGACCCCCGGCAGGAGAGGGAAUGCUGUGCAAAGAGAGAGGUAAGGGAACGGAGGUGGUGGGGGACGGCAUGGAGAGGCCGGCGCCGGUGAGGAAGUCCCACACCAACACGGCGGACCUGCUGAUCUGGCCGGAGGGGGCGCCGCAGGAACCGGCCGCAGGGGCCACGCCGCCGCCCAACCGCCGGCCUCACCAGGUGAGCUAUCUUCCCUCGGGGCGCUGCGGAAGUGGCCUCCUCUGCCAUUGUUGUUGGGAGGAGGGGGGUGUUUCGCCCUGUCUGAAUUUUUUCGUUCCUUGUUUGGUGCAGCCGUCGGAGGCGAUCCACAAGGUGGUCUUCGGUGGGCAAGUGACGGAGGAGGAGGCCGAGAGCCUCAACAAGAGGAAACCAUGCUCAGCUCCUAAGUGGAAGGAGAUGACAGGAAGUGGCAUCUUUGCGGCUGGAGGUGAGGCUGAGGAAGAUGAAUCUGGCAAUGCCUCUCUAACUCCCAUCCGAACAGCUACAAAGAAUUAUCAGGCAAUUAGUACUAUUAGCCACAUCUCAUUUGCUGAGGAAGAAAGCAUUUCUCCAAAGAAGCCGACUUCGAUAGCUGAGGUGGCCAAGCAGCGCGAGCUGAGUGGUACUCUUCAGAGCGAGGAUGACAGCAAGAUGAAGAGGCAGAUAUCUAACUUAAAAUCCAAGGAGCUCAGCGGCCAUGACAUUUUUGCUCCUCCUGAAGAUCCCCGGCCACGCAACUCAGAGAAUGGCUCGACCUCGCAGACACCGGGGAAAAACGCAUAUGUAAGCAACUUCAAAUUUGGUGAGGCUGACGACGACAGCGUGGUGAAGACCGCGAAGAAGAUCCCCACGAAGAAAUUCACUGACCUGACUGGCAAUGACAUCUUCAAAGGAGACGCCGCCACCCCCGGGGCAGCCGAGAAGCACCUGAGCACGGCGAAGCUGAAGGAGAUGACUGGCAGCGACAUCUUCGCGGACGGGAAGGCCCCGUCCCGGGACUACCUGGGCGGGAUCCGCAAGCCGCCCGGUGGCGAGAGCAGCAUCGCGCUGGUUUAACAACAACAACAAACCUGAUGGACAUAGCAGCCAACAUCAUUCAUUUCGUCACUGUCGCCGUCUCUAGGAGUGAUUUUUAGGGAGUUUUUUUUCCUCUUGAAGGACCGAUUGAUUGAAACUGCCGGUUUGCUUUUCUGUUUUCUCCGCGACUUAGCCCCAGGGUUUCCAUGUUCGUUGUUAAUCCCCCUGAAGGUGUGUGUGGAUACGGCAGCAACGAUGGUUAUUUUUAACAUUUGAUUUGUGCUUU